AUGGGAACUGGCUCUUCUGCUAUAGAAAAAAUCAAGACAAUUGGAAAUGACUACUUCAGCAAAGGUGAAUACUCAAAAGCCAUAAUUGCUUAUACAAAAGCUUUACGUUAUGAUCCUUAUAAUCAUCUUUUAUUAGGAAAUCGCUGCGCAGCCUAUCUAAAAUUAAACAAGCUUAAAAAUGCUUUGGAAGAUGCACAAGAGUGCAUAAAACAAUGUAAAUCCUGAAAUAAAGGCUACUACCGUCUCGCUUUAGUUUUUAAAUCUCUUGAUCUAAACAGUGAAGCAUUAUUACUUUUCUAGCUGCCUAAAUACUACUCCCUAAUGAUAAAUCAAAAUUAUUUUUUUUUUUUUUUUUUUAUAUACUUUCCCAUUCCUUAUGCUUAUUACCUAUUUAAUGCAGAAUAUUUAAUCUCCGCAUAUCUCUUGCUUUGCAAGCUGACCCUACUGUAUCAUCUUCCUUAAAUGAACUUGAAAAUACAGUCAACCAGCUAGAACGAGGCAAAGCAGUUCUAUUAGAACUAGGAAACCACUCCUUAAGACCUACUCCAAUCCCAUACCUCAUAGGAGUCCAAAUAACUGAAGUGUAAUAAUUAAAUAGCGCCUGUGGAAUAGCUCAUGUUUUAGCCCUUUCCUUCGCAAGUGAGCUUUAUGUAUGAGGAGACAACACCCAAAAUCAGUGCGGAAUAGCAGGAAGUACCAACAAUCCAAGAAUUCUGCCUAAAUUAAUUGAUAAAGGAGUAAGGGCUGUUUGUUGUGGAGGCGGCCAUUCUAUGGCAUUUUGCAAUAAUGGGGAAGUUUAUGCAUGAGGAAUAAACGCAUAUGGGCAAUGUGCAUUGCCAGGGAAUAAUAUCCCUGAGCCUACAUUAUUGAAAUUAAAUACAAAGAUCAAAGCUGGUUCUGCAGGGCUAGGACAUACUGUCAUUUUAGAUGACAAAGGCAGAGCGCUGGCAACUGGGUGAAACAACUGUGGGCAAUUAGGUAUAGGAAACACUAUAAAUUCAAGGGAUUUUGUAGUUAUAGGCGAUUUGGCUAAUAUAAAUCAUAUUUCCUGUGGUGCUGCACAUACACUGUUUGUGACUAUUAACGGAGAAUUAUUCUCCACCGGCACAAAUUCAUGUGGCCAGCUAGGUCUAGGACAUCUCCAAGACGUUUUUUCGCCCCAAAAAAUCCCAACCGCAAAUUCUAUAUCAUUUGCCAGAUGUGGGGAAGAAUUUUCAAUUUUGGUUUCAGCAGACAGCAAUGUGUAUGCAUUCGGCUUAGGAAAUGUAGGACAAUUAGGAAAUGGUGAAAACUCGGUUAACCCUAAUAUGAGUAUUAUCACGAAUAUGCCAAAAAUGCUAGGGACUGAAUAUGCAGCUUGCACUAAGUCACAAGUUUUAGCUGUGACAAGAAAUGGGCAAACUUAUUCAUGAGGGUUAAUUGGUGAUUAUUCUGGAAAUCCACCUUCUAUAAAAUCGCCUAUGCUGCUUUCAAGCUUAAAAUCACGAGAAGUCAAAGAAAUCCAAUGCCUUCGUGAGACAUUUUUAAUAUCAUUAAAAUACACACACCCUGAAAAAUGCUUUAUUUCGCAUAUCCCGCUUGAAGCAAUUGAAGCGGGGAAAAAAUAUUCAUUAUAUUUACAACUAGUAAAUAAUGAUUUAGAAUUUACUGUAAGUCCUGGUGAUAGAAUUUCAGCCAAAGCUUUUAGCCAUGAUACAGGAAAUUUAAGCAAAGGGGAAAUUAUUGUAUAUUUUGAUAAUAGAAGAUAUAUAAUUGAGCUUAGACUUAUUGAAGCUGGAAACCAUGACAUCUAUGUAUGAUGCAAUGGUCUACAAGUAACAAAUUCUCCAGCAAUUUAUACAGUUUCCCCAACAUCUUUAUGCUCAUGCAAAUGCUACUUGCCGAUAAUCAAUAAAAGAAUUCAGGAAAAUAAAUUAAUUGUUCAUGCAGGAGGGGAGUUUAUGCUAGAUUUUUUGGGGUUUGAUAAAUAUGAUAAUCAGUCUUCUAUAGGUGGAGAGCUUUAUAUUGAAGAUGUCUUUAUUGAAGGUAGUGAAGGCCUAGAAAAAAAAUUAAUUGAUUUAGGUGAUGGGAAAUAUCAGCUGUUCCUUAAAGGAAAAAGAGCAGGCGAUGUUUUAUUAAAAAUCAAAGUAAAAGGGCUUUACGUUGAAGCAAUUCUUCAAGAUUUAGUCAUUGAAGAUGGAGAGCCAAAAAUAGUAGAGAUUGGAAAAUCUGAAGAAAUAUCAGUGCAGAUUUUACCAGGAGCUGCAUAUGGACCGAGUUGCAUAGUGAAUAAACUUAAAGACACCUAUUUUGCUGGUGAAAAUUUACAAUUUUCCGUUGAUGCCAUUGACUCUUAUGGAAACACGACUUGGAAUUUCUCUGAGUUUGAUAUAAAAAUAUUGAUAAAUAACAGAAAUGUGGAAUAUAGUAAAAUUACAAGUGUUGACUAUUGUGGAAAUAUUAUUUCAUUCCCGUCAUUUAUAGCGGGAGAUUAUCAAAUACAAGUAAGCUAUCAAAAUGAGCAGAUUAUUAAUAAGAAAAUUACUAUUUUCCCUGGCCCAGUGAGCAUCUUAAAAUCAAUAGUUAAAGGAAAUGGCAUUGAAAGCUUCCAGAUAUCGAAAAAGAAAAAUGGCCAGAGGUCAAUAGAAAUCGAGUUUUAUGAUGACUAUGACAACCCUGCAAAUCCUGAAAAUCUGGACUUUUCUGUCAAAGAUUUUAAUAUACAGUAAAAUGGAAUGGUGAGCCAGCCUGCCCUCUUAACACCUGUAGCUGUAGGUUCAUUGGGAAAGCCGGGGACCUGUUGUGGAAGAGAGGACAGAGUUCAGAAAAGUGCAUCCGCCAGGCUUUACUUGGUUCGGUGGAGCGCAAGGUUUAAACCUAAUGGUGACCUAGAGUCUCUGACUCUCGGAUAGCGAGUGCAAGCCCUCGGCUGUGAAGAUCAACAAAGUGGAAGGCCGGUACGGACUGGUAAGCAAUCAUUGGAGCUUUUUGCGGAAGGAAGUACUGGUCUAUAGACUGCAGGGAACUUCUUUAAAACUAAUUUAAGUUUAACUCAAAGAUUUUAAUAAAAUCCUAUUUUAACCUCAAUUUCUCAGUCUUCUUUUAACAUUUACACCUGCUCUUACAAUAUAACCACUCAUGGAUUUUAUACAAUAGAUUUAUUUCUCCCACAAGGCCGCCUAAAUUUGUUCCCACUACAAAUAAACGCGUGAAAGGACCCAAAAACAAUUAAAAAAGAGCUUGAACUUAUCAUGAAAGCAAAGCUUGAAGAGCAAGAAAGGCUAAAAAAAAUUGAAGAAGAAAGGCUUAAAAAGAUAGAAGAAGAAGCAAGACUAUUAAGAGAACUUGAAGAAGAAAAGAGAAAAAAGGAGCUUGAAGAUAAAAGGAGAAGAGAAGAAGAGCUAUUGAAAGAAAAACAGAAAAAACUAGAUGAGAUUGAGUUGGAGAAAAGGAGGAGAAUAAUGCAAAAAAUCAAAAAUGAAGAAGUCACAAGAAAAGGUUUCACGAUCUAGCUAACUCCCCCCCCCCCCCCUCCGUGAGCGAACAAAAAAAUUUUGUUCGCUCACGGAGGGGGGUUAAUUUUUUUUUUUAAAAAAAAAUUUAUAUAUAAAUUUUAUAAAAAAUAUAUUUUUUUCGAAAUUUAAAAAAAUCCUAAUUUGCAAAAAUUGGGAAGCAAAUAUUAAUUUAAUUUGCAAAAUUUAUGUUUUAAAACGCAAUUUGUUUAAAAUUAAACAGAAUUAGCUCUAGAUUUCAUUAUACUAAUUAUCACUUAUAUAUCAAAAUUUUUUUCCAUUAAAAUUUUUUCUAUUAAAAAAAUUUUUGUUCACUCACGGAGGGUGGGUUUUUGGUCAAAAAAUGGCGAUUUUUCUAAUGGUUUUGUUCGCUCACGGAGGGGGGGGGGGGAGUAAGGAUAAAAGUAAAUAGGUUUUUUUUAAUGCAAAUUAUAAAUUUUAAAUAUUUUUUAAAAAAAAAAAUAUUUUAAUUCAAAAUUAUUAAAAAUAAAAUAAUUCACCACAAGAAAAAGAGCAACUGAGGCUUUAAGGAAAUUUGAAGAACAAAAAGCAAAAGAAGAAAGAGAAGCCAAAGAAAGAAAGAAAUGGAAGAGAAUUGGAGGAGGCUUUAAUGUGCCUUUUCAGGUAGAUGAUUAA